AUGGCGCUGACGAGCCAACAACAAGCAGAGCUGCAUGCGCAACUCCAGCAGUCCAUCAUCGCCUGCAACGAACGUUGCCUCUACUUCGCUGCCAAAUGGUCCGCCGAAUUACUAAAUUCCUUCGAGGAGCCGCAAACAUAUCAAGACACUUCAGACACCGAGAUUGACGACGACGAUGAUGGACCACUUUCAGCUGGACUGGAAUCAGCUACCAAGGACCGGCGAGAAGCACGACUCGAAGCCAAGGAGCAACCGCGAUAUCUCAUGGCCAAAUCUUUCUUCGACUGCAGAGAGUUCGAUCGUUGCGCAGCAGUAUUUCUACCCACCCAGAUUCCCCACAGCACUCCCUCAAGCAAUGUCAUGUCACCUACCCGACUCCAUACCGGACUCGGAUCAUCCUCGAAACAAAAAGCUGGCUUGUUGAAUUCGGCGUCCAAACCAGCGAGACCUCGAGCUCCAUCAAUACCGAAGAAUCUCAGUCAGAAGUCAUUGUUCUUGUCUCUGUAUGCGAGAUACCUGUCCGGUGAGAAGCGCAAGAACGAAGAGGCCGAGUCGAUUCUUGGACCUCACGAUGGACCCGGAACCGCCAAUAAAGAAGUGACGUCGAUUGCAACCAUCCUGGAAGAGUACUUCAACGCACGCGGUGGUCUCAAUGACCUGUCGAAUUCGCAAGGAUGGCUGGAUUAUUUAUACGGUAUCAUGCUCAUUAAGACCAAGUCGGAAAAUCUUGCAAAACAGUGGCUGGUACGGAGUGUCAAUCUGAAUCCGUAUAACUGGUCAGCUUGGCUGGAGUUGGCGUCCUUGAUCGAUUCAGUCGAAGAUUUGCAAGCGAUCAGCGUCCAUCUGCCUCGGAACGUGGCAACGUUCUGCUUCCACAUCCACUGCAGUCAGGAGCUUUUCCAGCAGGAUCCUCAGGUGUACGACGAGCUGGCUCAGAUGCAGUCCAUCUUCCCCGGAUCUGCAUUCCUCCAGCAGCAGAAAGCUCUCCUUCUAUACCAUGCUCGCGAUCAAGAUGCAGCCAUGGAGCUGUUCGAUGGCCUGUUGCGGGAUCACCCUCAUCGACUGGACGGAAUGGAAAUAUACAGCAACUUGCUAUACGUCAUGCCGAAUCGACCUAAGCUCGCGACUCUGGCAGCAUUGGCGAGCGAGACAGACAAGUUCCGUCCGGAGACGAAUUGUAUUCUAGGCAAUUACUACAGUCUGAUUUCGGAGCACGAGAAGGCAGUGCUUCACUUCCGGAGAGCACUAUCACUGGACCGCAACUUUCAAGCGGCUUGGACAUUGAUGGGCCACGAGUACAUCGAGCUGAAGAACACACAAGCCGCGAUUGAAUCGUAUCGCCGAGCCGUGGACAACAAUCGAAAAGACUAUCGGGCAUGGUAUGGUCUGGGACAAGGCUAUGAGAUGCUGGAAUGCCACAGCUACAGUUUGUUCUAUUACCAACGUGCAGCAUCGCUAUGUGGUGGCGAUCCGAAGAUGUGGGCAGCGGUCGGCCAUGCCUACAGCAAGUGUGGGAAGACCUCUAACGCUCUGCAAGCUUUCAAGCGAGCUUUGAUCGUCGGUAGCCAAGUCGAUACCGGAGCAUCAUCGUUCGGGAGCGGCAAUACCGAUCCAAUAGCGCAGGCCGUUGGAGGAGCGCUCGACCCGCAAAUCCUGUUCGAGAUUGCUAUGCUGUACGAGAAGGAUCGGAAACUUGAGGAGGCCGCAGCAUACAUGGAGCUUACACUGGCGCAAGAAGAAGGAGUCGAGGAGGGCGAGGAGGGCCUUGGCGUGACGCAAAUCACGAGUCGAGCACGCCUGUGGUUGGCGAGGUGGAGCUACAGCUGUGGCGACUGGCAGCGCACGAUGGAGCUUGCGAAUGAACUGUGUCAAGAUGGUGUCGAGGUGGAAGAGGCGAAGAGUCUGGUCAAAGAUGUCCGCAGCAGGAUGCAUGCCCCUGAGGAGAGUAUGCGGAACUAA